CAUUUUUUUUUGGUGUUCACUUGUGCAAAUUUAUUUUAUAAACAAAAUGUCGGAGGACAACAGCCAAGGACGUGAUUACACAUUAGAAUCCGAUUCUGAGCUACGCUUCGAAAUCGAGCAAAAAGAUGUCAAAGUUUUAGUCACAUUAGUUAAUGGCUUUGCAGAGUUAUUUGGCACAGAAUUGGUUAAGAAAAAGAAAUAUGAAUUUGGCAUGGGGGCCAAGGUGGCCAUUUUCACCUAUCAGGGAUGUGUGCUUCAUGUUCAGGGCAAAAUGGAUGUCUGCUACGUGUCCAAAGAGACGCCAAUGGUUCAGUAUGUGAAUUGUCAUGCGGCACUGGAGCAAUUUCGCCAGGAAGCAGAGGAGAAGGAUGCCUGUGGUCCUGUCGCUAUGGUGGUGGGCCCCAUGGAUGUUGGCAAGAGUACACUCUGCCGGAUUCUUCUCAAUUAUGCAGUUAGGGUUGGUAGAAGGCCGCUCUAUGCAGACAUUGAUGUGGGACAGGGAGCCAUAGCGAUUCCAGGAAAUGUGGCCACAAUUCUGAUUGAACGACCAGCCAGCAUUGAGGAGGGUUUCCCCAAGACAGCACCCUUGGUCUAUCACUUUGGUCACAAGUCUCCGAGCGGAAAUAGUGUCCUCUACAAUGCAGUUGUGUCCAAAAUGGCAGAGGUUACUCUUAAUUCGCUAAGUGGAAAUAAAAGAACACAAAGCUCUGGAAUCAUUGUAAAUACCUGCGGCUGGGUCAAGGGAUCAGGUUAUGCCCAUUUAUUGCAUGCCGCUCGUGCUUAUGGCGCUAAAGCUAUAUUUGUUUUGGAUCAGGAGCGUCUAUAUAACGAAUUACUGCGGGAUGUUCCACCCAAUGUUCAUGUGGUCUUGCUGCCUAAAAGUGGCGGAGUGGUGGAACGCAGCAAGGAACUGCGGCAUGAGUCCCGUGAUCAGCGUAUCAAAGAGUAUUUCUACGGCAAUAUACGUGCCCCCUUUUAUCCCUUCUCUUUUGAAGUAAAGUUUCAGGAUCUGCGUCUAUACAAAAUUGGAGCACCUCCUUUGCCCGACUCUUGCAUGCCCAUUGGCAUGAAGGCAGAGGAUAAUAAAACCAAAGUGGUUGCAGUUACUCCCACCCAAUCGUUGCUGCAUCAUAUUCUGGCCUUAAGUUUUGCUGAGAACACAGAUGACGACGUCAUCGGCACAAAUGUUGCAGGCUUUUGUUGUGUUACAAAUGUCGAUAUGGAUAGACAGGCGGUCAUGUUGUUAUCGCCACAACCCAGACCUUUGCCGCCAAAUGCGCUACUUCUAUGGUCGGAACUACAGUUUAUGGACAAUCACGCGUAGUGAAAAGUUUUAUGUUUGAUUUCUUCAUCUAAAUAAAAAAUAUUUUUAAAUUAA